AGCUUCAGCAUGACCAACAACGUGCUCCUCUGCUCCCAGGCCGACCUCCCUGACCUGCAGGCCCUGCGGGAGGACAUUUUCCAGAAGAACUCGGAUUCCGUUGGCAGCUACACGCUGAUCCCCUAUGUGGUGACAGCCACUGGUCGGGUGCUAUGUGGAGAUGCGGGCCUCCUGAGGGGCCUGGCUGACGGCCUGGUACAGGCUGGGGUGGGCACUGAGGUGCUGCUCACACCCCUGGUGGGCCGGCUUGCCCGCCUGCUGGAGGCCACGCCCACAGACUCCUGUGGCUAUUUCCGGGAGACCAUUCGGCGGGACAUCCGGCAGGCGCGGGAGCGGUUCAGCGGGCAGCAGCUGCGGCAGGAGCUGGCUCGCCUGCAGCGGAGACUGGACAGCAUAGAGCUGCUCAGCCCAGACAUCAUCAUGAACCUGCUGCUCUCCUACCGUGAUGUGCAGGACUACUCAGCCAUCAUUGAGCUGGUGGAGACACUGCAGGCCUUGCCCACCUGUGACGUGGCCGAGCAGCACAAUGUCUGCUUCCACUACACAUUUGCCCUCAACCGGAGGAACAGGCCUGGGGACCGGGAGAAGGCACUGGCUGUGCUGCUGCCACUGGUACAGUUUGAGGGCUCAGUGGCACCUGACCUAUAUUGCAUGUGUGGCCGUAUCUAUAAGGACAUGUUCUUCAGCUCUGACUUCCAGGAUGCUGGGCACCGGGAGCAGGCCUAUCACUGGUAUCGCAAGGCUUUUGAUGUAGAGCCCAGCCUCCACUCGGGCAUCAACGCAGCUGUGCUUCUCAUUGCCGCCGGGCAGCGCUUUGAGGACUCCAAGGAGCUCCGGCUCAUAGGCAUGAAGCUGGGCUGCCUGCUGGCCCGAAAAGGCUGUGUGGAGAAGAUGCAGUAUUACUGGGAUGUUGGCUUCUACCUGGGAGCUCAGAUCCUUGCCAAUGACCUCACCCAGGUGGCACUGGCUGCAGAGCAGCUGUACAAGCUCAAUGCCCCCGUAUGGUACCUGGUGUCUGUGAUGGAAACCUUCCUGCUGUACCAGCACUUCAGACCCACACUAGAGCCUCCUGGAGAAACUCCACACCAUGCCCACUUCUGGCUCCACUUUUUGCUACAGUCCUGCCAGCCACUCAAGAUGACUUGUUCCCAAGGGGCGCAGUGCUUGGUGCUGGUCCUGGAGAUGAAUAAGGUGCUGCUACCGGCCAGGCUGGAGGCUCAGGGUACCAACCCGGUGAGCACAGUGACAGUGAGCCUGCUGGAGCCCGGUAAGCAGGUGAUAUCGCCGGACGUUCCCUCCAGCUGGACCUUCCCGGUGGCCUCCAUCAGCGGUGUCAGCGUGUCGAAGCGAGACGAGCGCUGCUGCUUCCUCUACGGGCUUCCCCCGGCUCAGGACGUCCAGCUGUGCUUCCCCAGCGGAGGGCACUGCCAGUGGUUCUGCGGGCUGAUCCAGGCCUUGGUGAAGAAUCCGGACUCCACGGCGGCCGCAGAGGAGGCGGAGGGCAGAGGGGAGGUACUGGAGUUUGAUUAUGAGUACACGGAGUCGGGAGAGCGGCUGGUGCUGGGCAAGGGCACCUACGGGGUGGUGUACGCCGGCCGCGAUCGGCGCACGCGGGUGCGCAUCGCCAUCAAGGAGAUCCCGGAGCGGGACAGCAGGUUCUCUCAGCCACUGCAUGAAGAGAUCGCUCUGCACAAACGUCUGCGCCACAAGAACAUCGUGCGCUAUCUGGGCUCAGCCAGUCAGGGCGGCUACCUCAAGAUCUUCAUGGAGGAAGUGCCUGGAGGCAGCCUGUCCUCCUUGCUGCGGUCAGUGUGGGGACCCCUGCAGGACAACGAGAGCACCAUCAGUUUCUACACCCGCCAGAUCCUGCAGGGACUCGGCUACCUGCACGACAACCGCAUCGUGCAUCGAGAUAUCAAGGGGGACAACGUACUGAUCAACACCUUCAGCGGGCUGCUCAAGAUUUCUGACUUUGGUACCUCCAAGCGACUAGCAGGCAUCACACCCUGCACUGAGACCUUCACAGGGACCCUACAAUAUAUGGCCCCAGAAAUCAUUGACCAGGGCCCACGAGGGUAUGGGAAGGCGGCGGACAUCUGGUCAUUGGGCUGCACUGUAAUCGAGAUGGCCACAGGUCGCCCACCCUUCCACGAGCUGGGGAGCCCGCAGGCUGCCAUGUUUCAGGUGGGCAUGUACAAGGUGCACCCACCAGUGCCCAUUUCUCUGUCAGCCGAGGCUCAAGCCUUCCUCCUCCGAACUUUUGAGCCAGACCCACGCCUCCGAGCCAGUGCUCAAGCACUGCUGGAGGACCCCUUCCUGCAACCUGGGAAGAGGAGCUGCCGCCCCGGCUCCCCCCAACAUGCUCUAAGGUCCUCAGAUGCCCCUUCCGCCAGCCCCACUCCUUCAGCUGACUUGACCUCCCAGUCCCAGACAUUCCCGCGCCCUCAGGCACCCUCUCAGCACCCUCCCAGUCCCCCCAAGCGCUGCCUCAGUUAUGGGGACACCUGCCAGCUCCGGGUGCCUGAGGAGCCUGGGGCCGAGGAGCCCGCGUCCCCUGAGGAGAGCUCGGGGCUGAGCCUCCUGCACCAAGAGAGCAAGCGCCGGGCCAUGUUGGCCACAGUACUGGAGCAGGAGCUGCAGGCCCUGGCGGAGAGUCUCUGCCUGGAGCAAGAACAGGGUUCCCAUCUGGGGAGGAAUCAUGCGGAACAGCUACUGCGCUGCCUCAGGGCGCACAUCCACACUCCCAACCGCCGGCAGCUGGCCCAGCAGCUGCGGGAGCUGCAAGGGCAGCUUCGGGUCCAGGGCCUUGAGCCCGAGAUUCUGCAAGGACCGCUCUUCGCCUUCCCGGAUGCGGUGAAGCAGAUCCUCCACAGGCGCCAGAUCCGCCCACACUGGAUGUUCGUGCUGGACUCGCUGCUCAGCCGUGCUGUGCGGGCAGCCCUGGCUGUUCUGGCCCCAGAGACGGAAAAGGAGACAGUCCCACCGAAGUCGGAGGAGUCCAAUAAAGAAGAGGAGUCCCAGCGGAUGCAGCAGGAGACCCCAGUCCAGCAGAACCUGCUCCCAGGGGAACCCGAGCAGGGCACCCCACCUUCGAUGGUGCAGCUGGGCCUCUUGCGAGCAGAGACCGAUAGGCUUCGAGAUGUCCUGGCUGAGAAGGAACGGGAGUGCCAGGUCCUAGUGCAGCUAACCCUACAGCACGUCAGGGGGGAGGCCAGGACCUGGGCCCUGGCCUCAGAGCCCCCAGUGGACCAGGGCCUGGUGCGGUGGCUACAGGAACUGAAUGUGGAUUCAGGCACCAUCCAGACGCUACUGAACCACAGCUUCACCCUCCAUGCCUUACUAACCUGUGCCACUAGAGAUGACCUCAUCUACACACGCAUCAGGGGAGGGAUGAUAUGCCGCAUCUGGAGAGCCAUCUUGGCACAGCGAGCAAGAUCCACGCCAGUUACCCCUGGCCCGCAGGAGGCUGAAUGAGGACAUCGGAGACAGAAGGCCAGACCCAAGGAUGGAUGAAUGCAGGAAACACAAGAGGCUUCUGACACACCUGCCCCAGGACCCAGGGGCAACUGGAGGAGGCCAGGUGGGCGGGGGGCAGGGUAGGGCCCAAGCCUAGCCCCAGUGGGGGGAACCAACCAGAGAGGUGCCUCAAGCUCACGGAGUACCAGCAGGCAAAGACUAUUAAACAAUACUUUUGUACCCUU